AUGAAGGAAUUGUCUGAUAGAGGGAAAGCAACAAAAAUGGUGGAAGAAAACUACAGUACAGGUUUUAGGAAGCCCCACGGAGAAAAGGACCAAUCAGUGACUAAGCCAAUCUCUUUAGAUAGUAGAACAGGUGAAGUGAUUGUCAGAAAAUCGACGGGGAAGACCAAAAUACGUAAAGGUCAAACAGAAGAAGAGUAUAAACAGCAGUUGCGGCACUACUUCAAAGUGGAAGAAGGCCCUGUGCGGACAAAGGUCGGAUGGAUGGAUGAAGUGGAUCUUUUGGCAGAGAUCCGGGACGGCAAGUACGACAUCUCCAAUAAGCACCAACGACAAGUACUUAGUGGUUUCUGUCAUCGUCUGUUUUACCGACGUAAGUACGAGGAUUGCCUGAACCUCAGCACCUACUUGCUGGGGCUCUUCGAACCGUUCAACGUGAAGAAUAAAAUGAAAAGGGAGCUUGAAGAGUUAGAAUAUAUGAUCGAACAGUGUCGUGGACAUACAUUAUAA